AUGGAAAAUAUUAAUAUGGAUAAUGAACAAUAUCUUUCAUUACCGAUUAAUUCUGAUGAAUAUACACAAAAACUUUAUGCAAAUUUAAGUGAAAUCAAAGAAAAAAUAAAUGUUGAUGAAACACAAAUGAUAUUUGUUGCUCAUCGUUAUGAACAAACUGGUCGUAUACCAUGGAAUAUAAUGUCAAAACGAGAAAAAUUUCUUUAUUUAUUAAAUAUUUUAAUAAGAAUUUUAGCUUUUAUUAUUUUAUUAUAUCUAUUUACUAUAACACUUGAUUUAAUGACAUCAGCAUUUAUAUUAUUAAGUCGUUCAACAAUUGGAAAAGUAUUUCGCAAUCGAAUCUUUUUGAAAAAUCCUAUUAUUGGUGUUAUGUUUGGAAUUAUUAUAACAACUAUUCUACAAAGUUCAUCUACUGUUACAUCAAUUAUUGUUUCGAUGGUUGGUAGUGGAAUUGUUGACGAUGUUCGUUCAGUUAUUCCAAUGAUUAUGGGUGAGAAUAAUGAAUAUAUAUUUAUAAAAAAAAAUGUAACACCCAGGCAGACAAAAAAAUGA